AUGUCGUCGCCAAGCGCCCAGAGCAACUCCGACCUCGGAACGGUGCGCGAAGCUGCGUCUGACAAUUUUGAGCUAGAGAGCGGUCAACAGGCUCCUCCUUCAGAUGCUCCAAGUCUACGAAACACCAGGUCAGCAGACAUUGAGAACAGGAUUUCAUCAUGGGCAUGCGUUCUGGGAGCGUUCAUAUUCCUGCUGCCAUCAUAUGGAUUUCCCCAGGCUAUCGGCACAGUCCAAGCCUAUCUCCAAAUCCACCAGCUCUCAGGAUACUCGGCCCGCGACAUCGGCUGGGUGACGGGCCUCUACACCGCCCUCACACUUUUCCUCGGAAUCCAAGCAGGUCCUAUAAUUGACCGUUAUGGGACCGAAGUUCUCGCACCUCUUUCUACGGCUCUUACUCUUCCAACUUUCUUCCUCCUGGCCGAAUGCAAGUAUUAUGGCAGUUCAUGCUCUGCCUCGGCAUCUACGGCGGUAUCGGCGGCGCCGGCCUUCUUCCUUCUCGAAUUCGUCAUCUUCGGCAUUUCAGGCAUCUUUCCCACACUGGCAAACUGGGCCGGGUAUCCUGCUGACACGGGAUAUAACAUCGUAGCCAUCGUCAACAGCUGUGGCUACAUCAGCAGGAUCGGAGCCGGGUUUCUGGGCGACAAGCUCGGGCACUAUAACGUUCUGUUCACAAGCACAUGCGUCACCAUUGUGUGUGUCGCAGUUACGAUACUCCCAUUUGGCACGACGCAUGUCCAGGCCCUCUACGUGUUUGCGGUUCUAUGGGGCUUCAGCUCGGGAGUGUUCUCGUCCCUGAUUCCCGCAUGCAUGGGCAAGACGUGCCAGACCAAAGACUAUGGUCGAUGUUUUGGAAGUAUGAAUUUCACUGUCAGCUUUGCUCUCUUGAUUACAGUUCCAAUCGGAGGUCAGAUAUUGGAAAGUAUUGGCGGCAUGGCACUCGCGGGCUUAUACGUCGGAGUUCUCUGCAUGGCGGGCGGUUGCAUCCUUGCUCCUAGAUUUCUGUUGGUCCAGUCAUGGUUUGACUACAGGGUGAGGAUUUGA